AUGCUCGCAAAAAUCUUGAUCGCCCCCUUGUUUAUUGCGGCCGGCGUCGCUGCUCAUCCCGCUCAACCUGAGCUUACUCGCAGAGGUGACGUUUCCUUGUCCCAAUGGCAGUCUCAAAAUCUCGAGGUGGGUGACACCCCCCAACUUUUUUUGAUGUGCCGCUCGCUGACGCCGACGGACGGAGCCUCCGAAAACCUUUCGGACCGUCCCGCAGAGUGCACCCCAUCCUCCUCAACCUGUGACGUGCCUUCUCCAACUGUCAGCUCCACCACUACUGACACGGAGACCCACACCGACCAAUCGUAUGACGACGACGACUACGAUGAAUCGAAUCUGCCGUACUGUGUUGAAGGCCAAGGAGAGUACGAUGAUGCCCCAGCUAUUCGGGAACAUUCCGCUCACAGUUUCGCAGAUCAAAACGGUAACCCCGGUGCUUGCGGUAACUACAACAAUGAUUACGCUCUCAUCGCUGCCAUGGAAAUCUCCCGCUAUGGUAAUACUGGUAACGCCUCGCCGCUCUGCGGAAGGAGCGUCCACAUCACCAACACCAACAAUGGCCGUAGCGUUGACGUUAUUGUUGCUGAUGCUUGCCCAUCCUGCGUCAAUGGCAACUCUAUCGACUUGUCUGUCGGUGCCUUCCAGGCUAUUGCAGACCUCGGCGAGGGAAUG